UCCCAAUGUCGACCAUGAGCAGAUCCCGGACGAGUCUUUCACCCGCCACCUCUGAAAGAUCGACUCUUCCCAUGGGCGCAUCAGCAGAACCAGACAGCCCGGAGUUCAUACCUCUAGAGCCGACGAGGGAGGAAUUGCUUACUCAUUACUACGAGCGAUUCAAAUUCUACACAUCGCUCGGCUUGGGCACCUCAGCCAUACUCGCUGUCUUCGCGUUCCUUUUUUUAAUUCCCUUUGUUGUGGAGCCAGCAAUACAGACUAUUCUAGCAGAGUUCGCGCCAGAAGCGGGUAUAUGUUCCGUGUCAGAACACACGUACGCUAAAACUCUAACGAAUUGCACAUGGGCAUCUUGCAGAGAAGGCUGCACCACGACCCACACGAAAUGCCAUAAAAUCCGUGUCAAUCUGGUCAGGCGGCCGUUCGUCGAGAACGCACCGGUACCAACAGAGUGGGAUGCCAAAGAUUUGAAGUUUCUUAUAAAUCCAGAAGGCUGCGGUUAUCCACCUAGAGUCAAUUGCUCGGAGUUUGCAAGCGAUUACGCGGGAAAAAAUUCGCCUAAAUUGUUCCCUUGCUACUACAGCCAGACACGACCGGAGUUGGUCGUUGCGAGAUACUCCUGGGAAUCAACGAUUCGUGGUUUGAUCUUGGCCCUUGUGUUACCGACUACGGUCUUCGUCUUCAGUUUAAGUGUCCUUGCCUAUUGGCACUGCCACUGUUGUGACAGAGCCUGCAAUAGGCGAGUUCACGCCGAAUCUUACGCAAGCAAAGAAGAUAGCAAGCUCCUAUGUGAACUGGACGAAGACCCAAGUGACGAUGUGUUCUGACGCCGAGUGUCUACAACCGCUCGUCGCCGCACCUCUCCCCGCAAUGAAGGCUACGCUCAACUGUGAGCUGGACAAUAUUUCUGAUCGAACAUUACCAGAUGAUGUCUAUACAACGCGUUUUUCAUUACUAGAAAUAAAUGCUUCAGGGCCUUUAUUUUCUACGAUAUCAAUUCAACGUGUAACAGACGCUUAAUUACAAUUUUCGAGGUAAAAAUUUGCAGUCCUUGAAGAGUUAUAGUCCCAUAAACUUA